UUUUUUUUUACAAUAAUUAGCUUACUCUGUUUCAAUAACUAGUAAUCGAAAUGAUACCUGUCAAAUCACUUGUGUGUCUCGCAUUGCUGCACUGCGCAUGCGCAUACAGAAGUUACAGAAGUAAAAUUCCCAAUGGAGACGCCGUCCCGUACCCUUGUAAACCAAACAACUUGUGGGAGGGGGUGGGUCACAUGCUGGACCAAGGGACCGGGGUUCAAAACUCGUUCGGGUUGGAUUUUCAAGCCGCUGGACAUGUGUGGACUGAAGAGCUAUGCAGAAAAGAUUCAGACGGUGAUGGGAUGACCAAUGGUCAAGAGUUGGGUGAUCCUGACUGUACAUGGAAAGAGAACUCUAUUCCUAGAAGAACAACUGGAUUAUCUCACCCUGGCAUAUGUGACCCAUGGGACUCCCCGUCCUGCCUGGCUAAGCCCGUCACCCACCCGGUGUACAAGACCCAGGGGGACUGGAUGAGAGAGGAGUGUAAGGCCCAGGAGUUUGUUUGUGCUGCCAAAGAUGAACCAGGUGUGCAGAAUCUCACCGUUCACCUGCCCAGCGGUUCUCACAUCCCUCCAAAGGAGACAACCUACAUGUGCCAGAUCUACGACCUGGAGAGUUUGAUGACACCUGGGGAUUAUCACAUGAUCGCCGUAGAGCCGGUGAUUGACAACGUCUAUACACUACAUCAUAUGGUGCUGUUCGGUUGUACAGACAACCAAGAGGCUACGUCCAACAUAUACGAGUGCGGCAUGACUUCAUCCGGCAACUGCCAGGAUUUUCUCAGUGUCUGGACCGUGGGUCUGUCAGGGGACUGCAGUCACCAGAAUGCGGGGGUCAGGAUAGGGGUCAACGGGUACAAGAGGGUCGCUAUACAGGUGUGUGAUGCCAUGCUGUGUCGUCAAAGAAGAAUGUUCGAUGCCGGAACUUUCCUGACAGGGUCAAACAACUUUGUGCUGCCACCAGGUCAAGAAUCCGUGAAGGUCAAGGGCGUGUGUAGUGCCGCUUGUACCAGUAGCGCCUUCAAAGGUCCGGUGCACGUGACCAUGGCCUGGAACCAUAUGCAUUACUCAGGUACAAAAAUGAGCAUACAAGUUUACAGAAACAACAGAGCCUUGACCUUUCUGACAAACGACCCCAUGUACAGCUAUGACAGUCCGCAGGUGUAUGCCUAG